GGUGGCCGUGGACGACGGCAUGGCCCAGAACGUGCAAGCGCUAUGGGGUCUUCCGGACAAGAAGAGCAAGGGCACUCCGCCGAAGUGCUUCAACAUCGCGUCUCGGGUGCAGAAGAGUAGCAUCGAGCAGCCGCUGAGCUGCCGGGUGCACCCCGUCACGGUGCUCAAGAUCCUGGAUGCCUACGUGCGGCGGCCGGCGGGGGCGACGCGAACCAUCGGCACCCUGCUGGGUUGGAUUAGUGAAGGCAAUGCAGUGGACAUCACCGACAGCUUUCCAGUGCCUCACAAGGAGAACGAUGAGGGCGUGUCCAUUGACCAGGACUAUCACAAGUCCAUGCUGGAGUUGAGACAGAAAGUCUCGCCGCGUGAGGUGGUCGUCGGCUGGUUCUCCACGGGUGACGAGAUCAAUGCAGCUUCCUCCGUCAUCCAUGCCUUCUACUGCAAGAAGGAGGCAUCUCAGUUCAAUCCCACGGCUGUGCUCCCGGGGCCGUUGCAUUUCCUCAUCGAUGCCACGCCCGGUCAGCAGCCGGGCUCUUGGUUCGGCUGA